CUAUCAUGAAAGCCAAUGUAUAAAUAGCCUGUAAAUGUAUCAUAACUCAUAGUUUUCAUUGGAAUCAAUUGGAAACAACUAAAAACAUGAAGACCUUCGUUGCUUUCUUCGCCCUCGUGGCCGUGGCCGCCGCCAACCCCCUGCCGCUGGUGCAGAUCAUCGUCAACGUUGAUGGAGGCUCCAGCGACGCCGUCGUCGUCGACAAACCCGUGCCCGCUCCCAUACUCGUUCCUGAGGUCAUCUUCCCCACGCCCGUGAUCCCCGUCGACCCUGAGGCACCCGUUAUUCCCGAUCCCAUUAUAUUGCCCACUCCUGUGCUGCCCAUCGUGGUGCCUGAAACUGCGGAGCCCGAAUCUGUUCUGCCUGACCCCAUUGUUCUGCCCACUCCCGUGCUUCCCGUGGUCAUCCCUGAACAGCCCGUCGUCAUCCCUGAACCCAUCGUGAUGCCUGAGCCCGUCAAUCCCGUGGUGAUCCCCGAAGCCAUCGUGAUCCCCGAGCCCAUCGCCCCUGUGGUGAUCCCUGAAGCUAUCGCGAUCCCUGAGCCCGUGGCUCCCGUGGUCAUCCCCGAAGCCGUCGUGAUCCCCGAGCCCAUCGCCCCUGUGGUGAUCCCUGAAGCUAUCGCGAUCCCUGAGCCCGUGGCUCCCGUGGUCAUCCCCGAAGCGGUCGUGAUCCCCGAGCCCAUUGCCCCCGAGGUGAUCCCUGAAGCCAUCGUGAUCCCUGAGCCCGUGGCUCCCGUGGUCAUCCCCGAAGCCGUCGUGCUCCCCGAAAUUCUUAACUAAAUCAACUUUGGAGGGAGGCUGUCGAAGACCAGCUUAAGCUGUGCUGCUUUUUGCGUGUAACACAAUGAAAGCAAAAUCUUGAAAACUAUGUUCAACAGAUAUACCAAUAUUUUGGUUCUGUACUGUUUCCAAUAAAUAUUUUUGUACUUAAA